CGAACAGCACGUGCUAGAUAGCGCGCAUGUUUUGUGUCUGUUAAAUGUCCAAUCUAGAACAAAAGACUGAUAGUUCGAAACGGAAAAGGCAUCAUAGAUACUCCCGAACAACCCUCCAGCAAUUAAAACCUGUUGGACAAGAAACUCGUUUACCGAUCAAUGGAGUUCUCAGUCCAAAUAAAUCGUCAACAAGUAAUGUAUACUCCCCGCACUGGUCCAAUGAAGAGCUAAUUUCAGGUGUCAAAAAUGGAGGACUCCUAUCGGGUAAUUUGCGGAUUAAUCCAAGAAGCUUUGAAGAUGGAUACAUAAAACAUCCGGUUGGUGACGGUGACGUAUAUAUUUCAACUUUGGUUAACAGGAACCGAGCUUUACCUAAUGAUAUUGUUGCUGUUUUAUUGGAACCUAAGCGUAACUGGAGGGUGUAUGAUUCUUUUGUUGAUCAAACAGCCACGACAGAAACUGAGGACCUCAAACAGACCAAGAAGCCGAGAUAUGUCACUGUGGAGCAAUUCAUCAAAAUUCAACCCGAAGGUUUGGAAAAGCUUAUAGGUGAUCGCCUUGCAAAACAGAUAAAACAAGAUCUGGAUUCGCCUACUGAUCCUGUUGACUGUUUGCCAAGUGAAGACAAUCAACUAACGUAUGCUGCAUGGUGGUCAGUUAUUCAGAGAACUGGUCGUGUUGUUGGAAUUUUACAACGUUUACAUUCACGUGCAUUUAUAGGUCAUCUUCAACUUCCUAAUAAUGGACAAACACCACAGAAACCUUCACAUACUAAUCAGGAUUCCAAUUCGAAAAUUGUGAUUUCCGAAAAAUGUGAUAGUCAAAAAGACGAUCAGUCUAAUACUACUACUACUACUAAUAAUAAUAGUACAUUACCUAACUGGAGAAAUGCUGUCCUCAUACCUACAGAUGCACGUUUACCACGGGUUGUUAUACCUCGUGAAUCUUGUCCAAAAGAAUUUCAGAGACAUCCAGAAAGUUAUAAAAAUGUCCGUUUUGUUGGUCGCAUUACUGAUUGGAAUGACAAUAGUAUAUUUCCCAAAGGGGAAUUGUUAAGAAAAUUAUCUUGUGAUUCUUCCAAUCUGAUUCAGGAUGAAACGGAUAGAAUUUUAGUUGGUGCUGGAUUCAUGUGGGGUGUAGAUGCAGCUUUUCAGUUUCCUGACGAAGUCAAUGAAUCAGUACGUCAGUCUAUUGACAAUGUACAUGCUGAUCAUGAAAAAGAUUCUGCUUAUCGUAAAGAUUUUCGUGGAAAUUGUGUUUUUACAAUUGACCCAAGUACUGCACGAGAUCUUGAUGAUGCAUUGCAUAUUAGAAAUUUAGAACCAAGUGAAAUAGAAAGUUUAGCAUCAAUGGGCUAUCCUAAUGCUUUUUAUGAGGUUGGAGUUCAUAUAGCUGAUGUUUCGUAUUUUGUGAGACCUGAUAGUCCAGUUGAUAAAGAGGCAGCUUUCAGAGCAACUUCAAUAUAUCUAGUACAAUUGUGUGUACCAAUGCUACCUCGUUUACUCUGUGAAGAACAAUGCAGUCUUAAUCCAGGAGAGGAUAAACUAGCAUAUUCUGUUGUGUUCACUGUAACCGAGGAUGGAAAGAUUUUAACAACAUGGUUUGGUCGUACAUUCAUUCGUUCUUGCUGUAAACUUAGCUAUGAAGAUGCUCAGGAGUUUAUUGACCAUCCAAAUAAGGACUGGUCGUCCAGUGACCUCGUCAAAGUAGAGCAUCCAUAUACCGUACCGGAUAUUUGUCAAAAUGUCUUGAAAUUACACGAUCUGGCUUUCAAGAUGCGUAGAACUCGUUUUCAGUCUGGUGCUCUUCGAUUAGAUCAAGUCAAGACUUUCUUUUCAUUGGAUGAUGACAAUGGCUUACCGUUGGGUGUAUCUCCUUAUAUAGCUAAACAAAGCAAUUGGCUUAUUGAAGAAUGGAUGCUGGCAGCGAAUAAAGCAGUUGCUGAACGCCUGGCUAAAUACUUACCAGAUUCAGCUUUUCUUAGACGACAUGCACCACCAUCAAUGAAACAGCUUACAGAUGUUUCAAAUAGCUUGAAUAUGUCUGGAAUCAAUAUUGAUGUGGAUUCAGCUGGAUCAAUACAAGCUUCUGUUUGUCGUGAAGCUGGUUGUCCUCUUGAAAUUGGAUAUCACUAUUCUGAUACUCUUGCCAAGUUAUGUACAGAAUUUUUAUCACACCCAGCAAAUCUUGAAAACGGUUUAGUAACGGAAAUGGAAAAUCUUGGAAUAAAUCCUGUUAUCCGUGAUGAGAAAUCAAUAUUAGCAUCUCUUGAAAAUGAAGCUCGACUCCUGGUUACAGUUGCUUUACUAACUAAGACAAUGAAUUUAGCUGUUUAUUUCUGUUUGGGUAUUCUACCUUCUGAGCUGUCACCUGCUCAUUAUGCUUUAAAUAUGAAGUUGUAUACACAUUUCACAUCGCCUAUUCGUCGUUACGCUGAUGUUAUUGUUCACAGGCAGUUAUCAGCAACACUAGCCAAGGAAGAGAAAGAUCCUGAUAAAGCAGCAUGGUAUUUAAGUACAGCAUUGUCGAAUGAGGUCACACCAAUGGCACUGCAACAACAAGCUGAAGUAUGCAAUUCCAAGAAGUUAUCUGCUCGUUUAGCCAGUGAAGAAAGUGCUGAACUCUUUUUUGUUCUCUUUGUAAAGGAAACUGGUCCAUUAACGGAAGUGUGCGCUGUAACUGCUGUUCUGGAUCGUUCUUUUGAUGUUUUAAUUCUGUCCUGUGGGAUCACAAGAAGAGUGUACUUGCAGCAACAUAAUUUAAAAAGUUAUGAGUUUGUUCCUCCUCAGACAUCCAAGGGGAAAAUUGUUGAAGGUGGAAAACUCUCACUUCUAUGGAAUAAUAAUUCUGAAAAUUCUAACACAGUAAAUGAUUCAACCAAUAAGGAUAACACUACUACUGUAGCUGCUAUUGCUGGUGACUCAAACAGUCAAUCAUCAUCAAGUUGUAAUUGUUUGUAUAUGGAAAUUAAACUUUUUGAUGUGGUCCGAUGUUCUAUUGCUAUUGAUCCUAAUGAUACUGAAAAUGAUCCUAAUCGAAAUGCACGUCAGAAUAGUUUCUUACCAAAAUUACUUGUUACCUUACAACGUCCAACGUGUAACAAAUGUCUUUUUGUAUAAUUAAUUGUCUUAAUCAAUCUUACCUGUUCGUCAAGAAAGAAAAACCAAUGCAUUGAACAAUGACGUUUGUUUCUGGUUUUCUUCUUUCUACAAACCAAUGGGAUUUUGUUUCGUUACUUGUGUUAUACUCAUCUACCUGUAGAUAUUAUUAAUGUUACUCAUUGAGAUAUUUACUUACAGCGUAUGACGUUUUGUUGUUGUUUUUGUUUUUUUGUCUGAAAGGCAAACACCUUUAUUCUGUUUAUUUUCUUUAUCGUUGUUUUGUGAUCCCUACGUUUGUUUUCCUCGUCCUCAUUUGUUGUAUAAUUCAUUCAACUUUAGGUGUAAAAUAUACUUAAGGCUUUAAAAAUUGCAAGAAUUUUUGUAGAAG